CGCGUUGUGCGGGACAGAGCGCUGUCCACUUGAGAAGUAUAGUGAAUUUGAGAAUUUGAGCCACCAAGGCAUUUAUAAUCCAUAUCCUGCCUUUGUUCACUUAUAUAACUGACAGCUGAUGAGUUGUGUGCUGAAGUCCACGAGCGAAGGGAAACGGUGACAGGGACGAAGGGAAAAGGGUCAGUAUGGAAGAGGCAGACCUGGUAAAGGACCGACUCCAAGCAAUAACGGAUAAGAGAAAAGUCCAAGAAGAUAUUGUUCAUAAAAAGCUGGAAAUAGACCAGGAGAGGUUAAAGCUUCAGCACUUAAAGAAAAAGUCUCUGAGGGAACAGUGGCUAAUGGAUGGAACGAGCAACCAAAGCCCACAGCAGAGAGAGACUUUGAGGGGAGAUCAACAACAAACUAAACUCCUCCAGACCAGCAUCCACAGGAUGGAGAAAGAGAUUGAGGCUCUGGAGAGGGAAGAGACGAUGAUUUCGAAAAGUGAGGGCUUCAUACUGAAGAGGCUGAAAGCUAUCGAGAAAACACCUGAGGAGAUAAUAAAGGACGCAAAGGAGAAUUUCCAAGAAGAGCCAAUCCAUAUCAACCCAGCUACUCCAGAUGCCCCAAAGUCCUGCAAACCUCCAAUUUCAAAGAAGCAGUCCUUUGAAUCUAAUAAGGACACACCCAAACAAACCAUGUUUGCCAUGGAGAUCAACGUCCAGAAGGAUCUCCGUACCGGGGAGACCCGGGUCCUGUCCACAUCCACUGUCACCCCCCAGGUGCUCCAGCAGAGAGGGGUCAAAGUCUAUGACGACGGCCGCAAGUCUGUCUAUGCCCUGCGGUCUGCCGAGUCUCAGCUGGGGGAUGGUUCUAACAGAGUGGACGAGCUCAGCGCUAUGGAGGUGGAGGUUCUGCUCAGAGCAGCUACAGAGCAGAAGAAGUCUCAAAGCGGCCCACUGGGCCACCAAGGCCAUCAGGAAUCAGUGUCUGCAUUCUCCACCAACUGUGGCCCACAGAGCCACCAGAAGCCAACAUUGCCUGCAUUCUCCACCCCCCGUGGCUCUCGGGGCCACCAUGAGCUCAGCCCUAUGGAGGUGGAGGAGCAGCUCCGAAAGGGUACAGCGCAGAAGAUGCCUCAAAGCGGUGCUUUCCCAAAAGACCACCGGGGCCACCAGGAAUCAGUGCCUGCAUUCUCCAACACCUACAGCUGGAGGGCCUCAGUCCCCAACAGACCCCAACAGAGUAAUGCUAAAGUCAUCCCCGAAACCAAUGGGAAUGGGUAUCAGCAAGAGUCGUAUAAGCGUGAUGUCCUCUCCAGGAAGGAGCUCCACUAUAUUGAUGGAGUCCACAACUCAGGGCUGGAGAUUCUUUCCUCCUCCCCUCACAUUCCAGUCCAUUAUUUCAUUGGCAGGCAGGAUGAGGAGUACUACCAGCCAAACAAUGGGUAUAACCAGAAUCCUUUCUCUUAUGGUGUGGAGAAAGGGUUCCCCACCGAUGACUUCUACCAUAGCCCUAGAGAGAACCCGCGAGGAGGGAUGUUUUACGACUCAUCAGUUGAAAUGGACCUGAGGCCGUCUCCGAUCUACCAGGAAGACUCGCACUUCAGUAUCCUGAACACCAUGGACACGUCCGAGCCUGUCACCGCCAUCUUUAUGGGCUACCAGACGGCAGAGGAUGAAAGUGGGCGUGGCCUUGGCUAUGAAGGAUCCCUCCGGGCCGAGCUUGUCGUCAUUGGCGACGAGGAUGGGGUGGACGAGAGUAACCCUCAGUUUAACACCUACACCGCGGAUGGCUAUAACAACCGGGGCUACCAUCACUGUCAACCUCAACAGAACUUAAUCAAAUACAUGGCAGAGCCCAUAGCUAAUUUUAACUCAAACAAUGCAUCACCGUACACAGCAUCAAGGAAUUUGGUCUAUCCUGGUCAACAGGCCAAAGAGUCACACUACCUGUAUUCAGACGGACAGUCCGACGAGGACGGGACAGAGAAGCACUCUGCCCCAGGUAUCAGAAAGAUUAAAAAGAUUAAAAAGAGAACAAAGCCCUGCUGCAUGCUCAUGUAACCAACCUGCAACUGCUGACGCUACUGUAACUAACAAAGUUCACUUUAUAUGCUUUGACUGACAGCACUUUUGAGGUCUUUCAUUGGCUGGCUAGUAAGUUUAACUGUGUGCUGGUUACUUGGCUUCUUCACUGCAUCAGUUUCUCUUUGUCGUAGCCAUUGCAACACAGAGUCACCUGAAACUCUCAUUCUAAUCACAAUUUGUCACUGUAUAAAUACAUAGUGAUGUUAUCUAUCCAUACAAGAGCUUGUGAUGAUGAUUGAAGUCAAACUCUGCCUCUCUCUAGUGGCUGAUAGGCAUUCUGCCUCCCUCUAAUGUCUGAGAGACAGUUGUACUGUAUCUUUGGUUCUCUUUUAAUUAUUUGUUUCAAUAUCUCACAUGAAGGAUUCACCAGAAUCUCAUAAACUCGAAGAACCAUUUAUAAACGUCUGUCUGAGACAGACAGGUCGAGUGGCAAAUGAGGUGAGCCCCUCCCCUCAUACUAAAGACCUACUUGCCUGCCCUCUGGUAAUUCUCACCUCUCUUCCUCAUGUAGAGUACUACUCUAAGCUCUCCUUAGCACAACUUUGUUUUCCUGUUCGUAGGUGUGCUGUGAGGUUACGCCCCCAAAGCACAGCUUUUGUCUGUGUUGGGUGACUCUUUUGUGUAGGAAUGAGCUUUUCCGCUUUUUCUUCCCCUUGUCUCCUAUGGUGGCUACUGAGAUUUGGCUAGCUCGCUGCAAGGCUAGCUAUUCUACCGACUGGUUUUUCUACCUGGAAGGGUACAAUUACUAGCUCGCUUUCUCAUUUAGCUGAACCCACUACCAUGCCGCGUUGACUAGACCGACCACCCUAGCUUUCACUGCUUAUCGGUCGAGAGCCACACUUUUGUUCAUUGCAAGACCAACAUAGGCUAAUAACCCACAAGGAAAAUGCUAGCUACGUUCACAUUGCUAAAGAAUUUGUUUCUCAGGUUAGCACUGUGCUAACUAGCUAGGCUAUUAGCCCACGUGGUGAACGCUAGUUAUGUUUCACUUUGUUCUCAGAUUAGCUAUUUUUGUGGAGCCAUGGAGCCAAGCAACGGUCAACGAUCCCCAAUCAUGUGCCCUUGCAGAUUAGAAGGUUUAUUAGUCGCAUGCACAGGACUGCAGCGCACGGGUGGGAGGGGGCGGGGAGGGAGUCUGCCUAAUGGCUAUUCAGCAGCCUGAUAGUCUUGGGGUAGAAGCUAUUAGCCAAUCUGACCGUUUUUGCCAUGAUACUCCUAUACUGCCCGCAUCUGAGUGAUGGAAGAGGGUAGAACAGGCCUCGGCUCGGGUGGCUGAUGUCGUUGAUGAUCUUCUUGGCCUUCCUGCAACACCUGGUGUCCAGGUGCUAGAGCUCCUUCUACACGCUCACUGUAUAGAAACAAGAUAAGAUAUACUUUAUUAGUCCAUACGUGAUGGAAACUUGUCUUCUGCAUUAACACAAAUCCUCCGAUAUACACACAAACACACAUUAGGUUGGAAAGGCUGGAGCAGAAGGCAUUUAGUGAAGGGGGCCUCCCUGCGAGGUAAGACCCCUCUCUCGACAACGGUUAUCAUAUUGGAUUGUGAAAGCUAUUACACUGGCAUAUAAUAGCAAAGGGUUACAGCCUCUGGAGGGCCUGAAGGGCUCACUCCACCAGAGGUAGAGAUCCAGAAUUCUAAAUAAUAUCACGGGUCUGGGUUGGAUCUGAUGUGAUCGUCUCGGGUCUCGAGUAUGUGUAAUUUUAACUGACUUGUCCGGAAGGGCCCAUACAGAUCCGAAUGUGACUAUUGCAGUAGAGAGAGAACGAAAAGUUUAUGUUGUUUAUGCUGCUGCUCUUGCUUUUCACGAGAGUGAAGCGUGGCGCACGUAGCUUGUUGUUGGCCAAUCAUAAGUCAUCAAAGCGGCAAUAGGCUACAGUCAUAGAGCCUCGCUCCAUGUGUGGCAACAGUUAGGAGAUCUCUAAUAAAUGGAAGAUGGAAUUAAAAUGACUGAAUUAAAAGUUCAAGGAGAAGGAUAGGCUACAACGACCAAGAGCCAACAGACUACUACUUAAUAUUCUGAAUGGAGUUAUUAUUUUUAGCAGUAGGAUGAGAAAGUGCAUGCACUCAGAUAGCCUAGCUAGCUAACGUUAGCUAGCUUCACUAGCUUCUCCCGGUUUGAUACAGUCUAAGACAGGUACUACGUCAUCAUAUUUGAUGAUAAAUAACCUAGCUAUGGCAGCUAUUAAUCUACUAUAGCACGAGUCGGCUUGGUUGGUUUGGUUGGUUGCUGUCCCUCGUCUCUCCCUCGAUGCGCCCCAUGUCACUCACUAAUAGUAUGGCCCACCUCUCUCCCUCCUCUUGUGCUUUAUCAGCUCCAGUUAAUAAAGUAGCUUAAAAAAUGACUUUUUCUGCUGCUUCCCCCACUUGAACCGGGUCUGAAUCCGACCAUGUCUAUAUGGAACAGGUCUAGUUUUCCUCACGUCCCUUUGGAAUGGGUCUCUAUAUUUUUAAAAUGCAUGUAUGCAUAGUGGGUCUGGGUAGGAAAGCCCUAGGUCCAUUUCGGAAUGGGUUCAACUUUUUGGAGCCGUGAAGACCUUUAACCACAGGUAUGGCUACUUUUUGGGCGCUCGUUGGGCAUACCUUCAUAAUUUGACCUGUCUCUCUCCGACAGACAUGUUUGAUUGGUUCUUAGAGCUAAUGAGUUUCCGGGGAAUCCCUCGUGAUGUAUCUCACUCAUAAUAUCAGAGACCCGGGGUUACGCAAGUAGCCUUAAGUUUCCUACGUGAGGCCAAAGGGAUCUUGACUGUUUGUAUAAUAUGUAAAAUAUGAUUUGAUAUUUUUUACGUUUAUUGCUUUUGGGGAACAAAGAUAAAAUUGACUUUUUUACUGACAUAUUGUAAAUCACUAGUGUGAAUGUAUAUUGCAAAUCAAAUUACGCUCUGACUAAAUAAUUGUUUUGUACUAAUUUAAUAUUAAUUAUUUGUACGUGUGUUUUCUAGAAUCUCUUUUCUACAUUACAAUGCUGGUAUGCCAUGACUGUCCUCUGUAUACUUACAGUAGUAUGCAUGAUUGCUUGCCCUGUAACUUAAACAAUAAUUUAUUCAUUAUUAGCUGGCUUACUUCUCUUGUGUAACAAUGAACUGUUUGAUUGUGUGUGUGUGUGUGCGUGUGCUGCUGAACUCUUUUUGUGUAUUUGUUCAAUGUUUGCUUUAUUUAUCAUUAAUGCAUGUCAGCACACCAACACUACACACACACACACACAUACACACACACAACCAUGUGUCCAACAACACUCUCACCCCAUGUGACAGACAGUGCUAACAACCUCUCUGUCAACUCUCAUAAUCUUUCUGAGCACACAGACGGACCUUAAUGAUCUUAACGGUCCAGACAUCAAUCAGAUCAUUAGACACGGAUAACUCCCGAACUAAUAUGCUUUUGACACAACUGAGGACAUACACCAAUCGUAGCUCACCAGUCGUGUGGUUGGUUCAGCCAGUCUUUUUCCUAACAACUGUGUCUGCUUGAUGAGUAGGCUAUGGGAAGGUGGGUAUUACCAAACUUCACGGAAAGAGCUGGGGUGCGUUCGGUUCUCUUCAACGUUUACUACAUUGCGUGACCGUGUGGUCAAUAUGCCAAACCAUAUGGUAACUGCCCUCUGGGCCACCAUAAUCACAACCUGUUUUUAACUGGGCUCUUCUACCAUUUCCAUUGAAUUCAAUGUUGCACACCGUUCUGUCAUACUGAACACAACCCUGUCCCAUACUUUUGUCAUGAGGUUAUUUUCAGGAGUCACAUUAAUAUAAACAUAGCACAACUAAUCUGAAGUAGUCCUAACUGAUGUGAUAUGAGGUGAUAUGGUAAAUGUGUUUCAUUUUCUUUUACAUUCCCCACAGCUUCAAGUACAAGUAUGGAGAAACCUGAACAGUUUGUGUAAAAAUACACCAUGCAAGACUCAGCAAACCUACAUGUUCCAUGACAAGAGAAGAAGAAAACCAACUUUGCACAAAACAUUCAACUAACAGCAAAAUGCUUCUGAGAUGCCAUCAAUAGCUAAAACCAGAGCCUUGUAUUUGGAUAAUUCUCAAUAUAUUCUCAAUGUAAGGAUGUGGCUAAUACUGUAAAACAUAUGUUUGCUCCUAACGUUUCCUUACACAGCUGAAUAUAUACCAAUGAUGUCAUUUAGAGAGAAAGAAACCAGCCGAAAAGUAGACUUUUGAAAUGAAUCUCUGAUCUUAAAUGUUAAAUGUUCCUGAAGAUAUUAGUGCCUCUGAUGUUUACUGUACUCUCUAGCCUUUUAUGCUGCUGUCGGCUACUAGUCAGCACUUUGAUAUAAUAAUAAACCCUUUAUGGAGUGCCUCAAUGUAAUAUGCUGUUGAAACUGUAACCUGGGAGCAUAUUUGUAAAAGCUAAUCAUGCUAACAAAACAAUUAAAAAGCUAA